AUGUCACCUCCGAUUGCAAUUGUUGGUAUUUCAGUCGAGCUCCCUAGUGGCAGCUAUGCUUCGGAGAACCUUGACCACAAGUCCUUUUUCGAGUUCCUGUUGUCGUCUGGUGAAUCCUAUGAGCCAAUGCCAUCGGACAGAUUCAACAUCGAAGCCUGGAAGGGUACCGGUGUCGGCAGGAUUCACGUCGACCGAGGGUCUUUCUUAAAAAAUAUUGACACUUUCGACAACGUCGAGUUCGGCAUUUCAUCCAAGGACGCGCAGACGAUGGCUCCCGCGACUCGCAAACUUCUCGAGAAUACUUUCCUUGCCCUUCUCGACUCGGGGAUAGACUAUAGAACGAAAAUCGUCGGAUGCUUCACAGCAGGAACUUCCAUAGAGCUCACAAACGUUUCGGAGCCGGACGAGUUCGACACGCGAGGGUCCUUUGCUGGCUAUCCUUCGAUGGUCGCUAACCGCAUCUCCAACCACCUCGAUUUACUUGGACCCUCUUUCCCCAUCGACACGGCCUGCAGCUCAACUCUGACGGCUUUGCACCUCGCGGUUCAGGCUAUCGCAACCGGAGAUUGUGAAGCCGCUGUCGUUGGAGGUUGCCAACUGAACUAUCGCUUCAUUGACUGGGUCACAUAUAGUCAAGGGUCGUUGCUUGCAAAAGACGGAAAAUGCAAGCCUUUUGAUAGCAGCGCGGACGGGUUUGCUCGCGCCGAGGGCUGUGCGGUCGUUGUAAUCAAGCCCCUCGAUGCCGCGCUCAGAGAUAACGACAACAUUUACGCAACGAUUUUGGGCACUGCAAUCAAUUCGACCGGUGCGGCCGCGGCGCCAGGUGCUCCGGUAGCGGACUCCCAACGAGACGCUAUGUUCCAAGCAUUCGAACGUGCCGGGAGGAGCCCUCGCGAAGUGGACUACGUGGAGUUACAUGCUACAGGCACGGCGAAAGGAGACCCCACUGAGGCCAAUUGGGUGGGCGAGCACUUUCAUAGAGAUGAUGAGCUUGUGGUCGGCAGCGUCAAGGGCAAUAUCGGUCACACUGAGAUCACGGCCUUCCUUGCGUCGCUGUCGAAGGUCGUCUCCAUCUUCGACAAGCAGACGAUCCCACCACAAGUCAACAUCAACAAGCUGAACCCGGGUAUCAAGUGGGACGAGUACCGUCUCCGCGUUCCGUUGGAGGCAACGCCGCUUCCAUGCCGCGCGAACGACAAGCCGCUCGUCUCCAUCGCUGGCUCGGGCAUCGGCGGUUCAAACGGCCACGUCGUUCUCGAAGGUCCGCCUCGCGUCGAAGAAGCACCCAAAGUCAAGGAUGCUGAAGGGAAGCGGCCGGUCCUCUUCAUGACUGGAGGUCUCUCAUCGAGAACUGCAACGGCCUUGGCGCAGUCAAUUCAGCAAGAUCUCUCGAAGUACUUCGACGACCUGCCGGGGUUGUCGACUGUCCUUGGACGGAGGUCAAAGCAGGCCACUUGGAGGUCGUACACGAUUGGUCAUCCUGGCCAGGAGAAGUUGGAGGACAUCUGGACGCCUCAGCAUUGCCCUCGUACCCCGAACGGGCUCGUAUACGUGUUUUCGGGACAGGGGCCUCAGCAUGUCCAAAUGGGCCGCGAGCUCUUCGAAGCUUUCCCCGUCUUCCGCGACAGCAUACUCGAGAUGGACGAUGUCUUCAUCAAGGCAACCGGCAAGUCGAUCAUCCACGACUACGGCCUCUUUGGCGCAUCUACUAGCCCUCCUUUACCCGAUAUCUGGCCCAUCGCCCUCGUCCUGCCUUCCGUAGCCAUCUUCCAGAUCGCGCUCUUCGAUUCGUUGACGAGCUUGGGCGUCAAGGCCGACGCGAUCGUCGGCCACUCGGCUGGCGAGACUGCUGUCCUAUACACCUCUGGUGCCGCGCCAAAGGCGAUGGCCGUCGAGCUCGCUGUCAUCCGCGGCCGCUCUUUCACCCCCGUCGAGGAGCUCGGAGGCACCAUGGCUGCGAUUUCGUGCAGCCCGGAGGAAUUGGACGAGUUGUUGAAGGAGUAUCAGGAAGAGAACAAGGAAGGCAUCGUCGAGCUUGCAUGCUAUAACGCACCGUCCGCUGUCGCCAUCGCUGGAGAGGAGGCCGCCAUCGACAGGAUUGUCAGCAUGGCCCAGACUCGCAAGAAGUUUGCACGCAAGAUUCGUACCCGCGUGCCAUUCCAUUCGUCGAUGAUGAACGUGGCGAAGGAGGAGUAUACGGCUGCCCUCGAGGAUCUUUUCGAGCGUUAUCCAGGCCCGCAUCGCCCUACGACGCCAGUUUAUUCCACCUGUGCCGGCAAGCUCUUCGAAGGUCCCUUUAAAGCCGAGUAUUACUGGGACAACACUGUCUCACCAGUUCGUUUCACGGAGGCCAUGACUGCGAUCCGCCAGGCCCUGCCCAACGCAUCCUUCGUCGAGGUUGCCCCACAUCCCGUGCUAUCUUCCUAUGUCAUCUCGAUGGCGUCUGAAGGUUCGACCGUACUUCAUUCAGCGCAACGUCCCAAGCUCGGGGCCCCGCCAACGGAGUAUGUCGACGUCCUCAACGUCUUGGGCAAGCUUACGUCCGCCGGGCACAAUUUCGCCGACUUCACGGCUCUCAACGGUCGCAAGUGCUCCGAGUUUAAGCUCCAACUGCCCGCGUAUCCGUUCUCCAAGAAGAAGUACCCUCUGUACCUCGACACUCCCGGUACAUUCAAGCAGAUGGAGGUGCCCCGCGGGCCAUUGAAUUACACACACCUUCGUAUCAACAAGGAGUCGCACCCUGUGCUCGCGGAGCACAUUAUUCGAGGCGAGCCGAUCAUGCCUGCCGCUGGAUUCUUGGAAAUGGCAAUCGAGUUCGGUGCAUCGACGCUCAUGAACGUCAACAUGCGUUCGAUUUUGUCUUUGUCCUCGGAGAAGCCUACCAAGGUCAAUGUCGACCUCGAUGGCGCCCACUGGACUGUCAAAGCAAACGCCUGCACGCCGAUGGCUAUUCGAGCGAGAUGUCCUGAGCACAUCGGCUCCGGCUUCUACCCCUCGCUCUCGUACUUCUCGGCGUAUGGACCGCGUUUCCAGCGCGUAACAAACAUUUUCUUCAACAAAAAUGAAGCCCUCGCAUCCAUCAAAGGGAUGGACUCUGUCCUUGCUAGCGAUGGCAAGUACUUGCUGCAUCCCGCGAUCCUCGACUCCUGCAUCCAAGUAUCCGCGUACAAGCCAUUCCACGGCGACUACGACCCGAACGUUUACCACCUCCCAGCUCAUAUCGAUGCCAUCAUUAUCCAUCAGGCUCUGAAGCCCGGCUAUUUCCCGGCACACCUUUACGCCCAUGUGGAGUUGAAGAAGUGGCUUCCAGACGCCAUUCACUAUGAUAUCACCCUCGUGAACGACGAUGGCGUUCGUCUGUGCUCCUUCAUAGGCCUGUAUGUCGCCAAGCAUCAUAUCACGCCUGUUGCGGAUCCAACUCGUCCUCUGGAAGUGGCUUACCAACCAGUCUUCCACGCGAAACGCUCCGUCAUCGGACCCGCGUACAAGGGUGAAGAUCGUUCUGAUCUCUUCGGAAGUCUUGACAAGAUCUCUAUUCGCGCAAAGAUGCUCCAGCGCGCUGGAACGCUUCAAACCCCGAACCUGAACGUCGACACGCCUCCCUUCAAGAGCGUUCAUCAAGAAUCUGAUCCGUACUUUGAGACAUUCAGGGCUACCGAGAUAAUUCCGCCGUCCGAAGGUCCGCAAUUUGACGAAGCUAUCAAGUGCGCAAUGCAUUCGUUGCAUGCAGCCUUGAGCGAAGUCACCAAGUCAGGCACUCGCGUCGUCAAAGCCCUCAUUGUGGAUAACGUAGAAUCGGAGCUCUUCCGCAAGGGUGUCGAAACUGUUGUACAGCAAUUCCCGUCCUUGUACUUCGAGCUCUUCGUCGACAACAAACAUGCAGCUCAGUCCUUACCCAACAUUCCCUCCGGCAUCGUUCGCAACACACGCGUUUCGUUCAACGGCGUGAGGUCCGAGAGCCUCCAGGAUCACCUCUUUGACAUCGUCCUAUUCUUCAACGUUGCCUCUCACGAAGCCAAUCCUGCAGCCAUUGCUAAAGUUGCAUCGACCUUCCUCGUUCCGGGAGGUACCUGCAUCAUGACAGAGCGCAAUUUCGAUGCCUGGGACAUGGGGUCUCUGGGUACCAUGUGGUACGAUGCCUACCUCGGCGUACCUUCCAAGGAGAAGACGUUUUCUCUGGGGUCCUACCUAGAGUCGUUGAAGGACCAUCACCUCAACGUUUUGCGCAGCCACAGCUCCGAAGUCUCUGAUCCCUUCCACUUUUCCGUAGAGUGCCAGAAGCCUAGCUGGUCUCCUCAAUCAUUGCUUUCGUUAGCCCUCUUCGACCCUAUCGGGUCGUUCGCGUUUGCAUAUAGCUAUGGCAACGAGAUGGACUUGCAAUGGGAACUCUCCGGACUCAACGACAUGCAGCAACUCGACGUGUGGAUUACGGCAACUGAAGGGCGAGAUGGCGGUGCUGCCCAAGGUUUGGUGCGAGCCCUUCGCCGGGAGUAUGUUUUGUGGACCAUCUGCCUUGUUAUAUUCCCGUCUUCGUACGAUGAAGACAUGCGUCAGGACUUCCUCGAGCACCUGCCCACCGAGCUGCGUUCGGAACGCGACAUUAUUGUGUCCGAAGAUCGCCUUCUGGUGCCUCGUCUAGCCCCAGUCGACGCUCUUCAAACGCGCUACGACAACAAGUCCAACACUCGUCUGAGACGGCUGGCAGUCGACCAUAUUCUCGUCCGCGUUCUUUCUUCCUCAGACCAAGCCAACGUCUCUGGAAUCGUUGCAUCCGUUGUUGACGCGAACGCCACGGAUAUCCAACCCAACACUCUCGUCGCUGCUCUUGUCCGCAGCCCGGCAGGGAAGUACGUGCAGUUGGACGCCGCCAGCGUCGUCCCUGUUUCCGAUGAUUAUCUCAAGCAUCUCUCGGUCGCCUCCGCUGCUAUCUCUGGUUUCGUCGCAGCCGUUAUUGCACUCGGACAGGGUACUCUAAGUCGCCCUGCUCGUCUCUCCAAGCUUCGCAUCUUGUUAACCCAUAGCGAUACCACCAUUGGUUCGAGCGCCGCUGCUCUUCUCCUACAAAUGGGCGCCCAAGUCGAUCACGUCCCUCAAAACGCCAGCCUCUACGACCUCGGCAAACUUCCUGUCGAGGCAUACGACGCCAUUAUAUCCGGAUAUUCUGAUCGUUCGUAUCUUCAAGUCAUUGACACGCUGGUGCACCCGAGGCAGGGUAGAGUCUUCUCAUGGAGCGACGAUAUGAAAGGGCUCGCUGCCAUUCUCGCCCGAGAUCCAUGUGCAGUGGGUGAUGCCAUACGCUUCGGCUUGCAGGGUGUGAAAGAGAUUCUUCCAUCCCUAGUGCCCCUGCCACCUCUCCUCGCCACCGCUGUCAACGGCGACCUUCGCCAGGACCGGCCAUCCAUUCAUGCUUCGUUUGAAGAAGAGAAAGCGUACGUUAUUCUCGGAGGGAUUGGGACUAUUGGCGUCCACCUGGCGUUGUAUAUGUAUCAGCGAGGUGCUCGACACAUCGUCCUCACGUCGCGUUCUGGAGAAAAGAGCCUUGAAAGCAACACUAACGUCGUCGUGCGUCGUAUGGUCGACUACUUGAAUGCCCAACCCGAACUUCGCUUGUCUCUGGUGGCACUCGAUGCAACUGACGGAACUGGCAUGGGGACCCUCAUGGGUGGCCUUGGUCCUGUUGGCGGAUGCAUUAUCCUCACUGCUGUCCUCCUGGACGGCCUAUUCCGUCACCUCGACGAAGAACAAUUCUCUCGCGUCUUCCAUGCGAAGAUCGGCGUUCUGGAAACUCUCAAGAAGUCUGUCAACGUCGAGGACCUCGACUUCCUCGUUUCAUUCACUUCAGUUUCGGGUCUCAUUGGAUUUGGAGGUCAGACAAACUAUGGAGCUGGAAAUACCGCGCUCGAGCAUCAUACAGCCGAGAGUUCGAACGGCUUCUCCUUCAUUUGCCCGGGCAUUUUAGACUCUACCUUGAUGCUUGCGGGCACUGGCAAGUCGAACGAAACUCGCCUCAGCGCGCUCAUCCCCUGGUCGGUUUCUGCGGAGGAUAUGAUUCGGUGGUUCGAUGAUGCCAUGGUGCGCUUCCAGCACGGCCAACGUAUCGUUCGCUACGUGCCUGAUCUCAAUUGGGAGGCCCUGGAGCGAACUCAAGGCAUGCCGCGUCUUGGAAUGCAUCUCCUCGCAGAUCAAGUUCUGGAAGUCUCUGACGACGUCGACGACUCCGAGCGCAUGACAGAGGUCAUCAAGAACGUCCUCGCUGUCCCCGCAGCCGACUUCUCGCCCGACGUCCCACUCACAGCCUACGGCAUCGACUCGCUCUCCGCGUCUCGCCUCUCCUUCCUUCUUCGACCUUUCGUUGAAGUCACUCAAAUCCAGCUUCUCGCUGACAUCGCCCUCAACGACCUUGUUCGCCUAUCGCAGGCCAACGUCGAGGUGGUGCAGGAGCAAACCACCUCGAAGCCGGCGCAGAGUCGGAACAAGGCGGACUUGAUGACGGAGAUGCUCGCGAAGUACAGCGCCGGCCUGGAGGCCAGCACGUCGGUGUCAUCGUCCACCUCAUCGGCACCAUCGGAGGAGGUUGUCCUCAUCACUGGCACGACGGGCACUUUGGGAGCGAAUGUGUUGGAGAAACUCCUCGAGAACCCAUCCGUCAAGCUCGUGUAUGCUCUCAACCGGGUCAGCCAAAACUCAACGUCUCUCUCCGACCGCCAGGAAGCCGUGUUCGUUCGUCAAGGUCUCGAUGCCUCUCCCCUCGAAUCAGGCAAACUCGUUCUGUUGGAAGGAGAUCUUGCCGAAGAUCACUUCGGUCUGAGCGCUGAGCGUGAAGACGAGUUGCUGUCUUCUGUCACCCACGUUAUCCACAAUGCAUGGAGAGUCGAUUUCAUCUCUUCUCUGGCUGACAACGAGAGCCUCAUCAAAGGUACACGCAAGUUAAUUGACUUCGCCCAACGUUCGAGGCUCGCCUCUAAGCCUUCACUCUCCUACGUCAGCUCGAUUGGCACGUAUCAAGUUUUUAAAGACUCCGAUCCCGAAUACGCCCCCGAGGCUCCCGUUCUCGACCCGAAGGUGUCGAUUCAGACUGGGUAUAUCGAGUCGAAGUGGGUUGCAGAGCGCCUCUUCCAGACCGCUGGCGAGAAGUGCGGCCUGCAGACCAACGUCAUCCGCGUCGGUCUCCUCACCGGCGGCGUCAACGGCAGCUGGGAUCCCUCACAGUGGUUUCCUGGUAUCGUCCAGUCUGCGGUUUAUGUUGGUUGCCUACCCGAAGUCGAUGAUGUCGUUUCAUGGAUCCCAGUCGACCUCGCGGCCUCCGCCAUCGUGGACAUGCGGCGCACCCCCUCUGACACCGUCCAUCUCAUCCACCCCAAGCCCACUCAGUGGAACGACCUUAUCAAACCUGUCUCGAAGCUCCUAAACGUCCCUCUUGUACCCUACGUCGAGUGGUUUGCCCGACUAGAGGCGUCAGCCCGCGACGCCGACGACCAUGGCCGUUCCACGGUCAACCAACGAGCUGCACUCCGGUUGACCCAUUUCUACCGCAUUGCGCUCGGUGUUUCGAGAUUCCACACGGAGAGCGGUGGUCUCCUUGCAAAGGUUGUGUCUGAGAAGGGCUACCAAGCAUCGCCUUCUCUUCAGUCCGACGAAGUAUCAAGCCUCGGGAAGGAAGACGUCGAGAAAUGGGUGGCGUACUGGAAAGAGAUCGGUUUCCUGCCUUGA